AUGGACUAUAUUCACUGUGGUAGGGUUAUUUCACUUUACUGUUUGGCUGUUUACAUUUAUCUACUGAUUUCGCUUUACUGUCGCAUAGACGUCCCGCGAGUUUUUUUGUACCGUCUCUGCGGCUGUCGUGCUCUUAUGCGGCAAGUUCGCUUCAUAGACACAGUGCCCGGUAGUCACUGCUGGUGGGCUUGAUGGCACAUUUCUGUUUCGUAAUGAUUGCUGGAAGCAUCAUCAGCUGCAUCUAUACCCCGGAAAGCGAAACCUCACCGUAGGCCUAUGUACUGUCAACUCCACGCGUCCACGGAACUACCGUAAAUGUAGGUUGGCCAUGAAAAGACGAAUUUAGAUGUGACGAAUAGCCCAACAGCGGUGCUUUAGCCAUCUGGCAAACCGACUACACUAGGAAAUUCCAGUCGUUACAUUGACGACGUUGUGACAUAACGAGAUUAAACCACUGCCGCAGCUCUGCCGUGUACGCUCCGAUCAAAAGAAUGUGUUGAGAACUAGAGGGCCCAUCUUUGACCCAACCAUUUCUCCAAUGCGAAUCGUGCUACGGCAUCCGCGAUAGCCGACACGUCCUGAUGUCCGCCAUUGCACCACAUAGCAAAUAUGCAGUUCAACCUCAGAAGGAAGCAAAAACUGCGCAGUUCGUGUCGCUGUUCGUGCACCAGAAGCGCAAACGUUUAUCAUGCGAAAGUUUCAUUACAAUAUGGGCGCGGUCUGCUUCCCAAGAGCGCGCUUGCCUGAUAUUGUUUGUGCGGCCUUGAGGUAUUAGACCAAUAGGCAUGUCUCCACCUCCACCAAAACGUUAUAAUUAACAGUCCUCCUCGUCAUAAUAUCGCAGUCGCUCUGGGUGAUCAGACCAACGCAUCAGUUUUGUUCUGGGAAUCGGUGUCGCCAAGUAUUUUACCCGUCCUUUUUGUUAGCGUCACAGCUUAUGCUGUCUCUACCUUGUCGCUAAAUUCUAAUUAUAUGCUCGAAGGGGUCACUGCACCAUGGCAGCUGACUGAAUGAACAGAGAAGACCUUAUUAAUUUCGUCGCUCUAAACCCUUAGUCGUCUCAAAUACCUGCUUUCAACGGUCAAGGGAACAUAUCGUCACCUAGUGAUGACCACAUCCAAAAUAAGUAUGACUACUCACUUCCGCGAAUGUGCUGGACUGCGCCAUGCGCGGUGUCGACAACGGCAGGGGAAAUAGCUCUGAACACGACCUUUUGAGGGCUCUAUUGCAGUUCAGCGUACUUGUUUUCGAAAAGAUUCCAUGGAAAACGCAACAGGAACCGUCUCAAGAAUCCUACCCUUAUCAGGGCCUUCCGUAUUCGACUGUUUUGAUUUUCUGUUGAACAUAGCAAUGGUCUCGGAAAUGUCUUCAGUUUAAGAUGACUGGCUCUAACUGAAGUAGCUUCUCGAUAGUACCUCUCAGGUCUACUAGGUCACAAGUGGCGUCGUCGAAACCAUUGGAUCUCUGGUAAACUGAUCCGCCUGUGUGAUGAUCCGAACUUACAGGACCACUGUCAUAUGUGUGCGAGCUUUGUACAAAUUGACUGUAAUGAACCCGAGAGAUAUUCACCUCGUUGAGGAGAUUGUCUCGUUUUGAAGAUGAGACAGUACCAGUCCAUCUGCCUCGCCACAGCCAAGCUGUGGUGGUGGUAGUGGUUCCUUGUUAGACACGACACUCCGCUAGAAGAAGCAUUUUGCCUAGCUUCUGAACUCGUCCGGAUCGGUCCUAUUAUCGUUCUGUUUGGAGACGUCCCUAAUGUCGGAAUACAUUUUGUUAGUGCAGCCCGCCGAUGACGAAAGUAACGAAUAACAAAAGGCCUGCUAGGAGCUCUUCUGGAGAAAAUGCACAGCUGCUGUCGGGUAGUAGUGUUAGACCAGCUGCUUGACCUUCUGGCCAAAAUUCAAUUUUUAGGCUAUCUACUGUGUACUUUUUUCUGUGCAUUUUUUGAAAAUAAAGUCUGUUGUCCGAAGUACGUUGCACUAGGUGUUAACGUUGGCAGUCCUGUGGACACUUCAAAAUGAUUUCUGAAAAUGUUUCGUAGUUGCAGGCCUUUUUCAAGCGCACGUCACCAUAAAACUAGCAUCAGGAGUGAUUUUCGUGCAUCUAUUCCCUAAAAUAUAGUCGAAUUCAUAAAGGAAACCACGAAGUCAUAGCUUUUCCACGGAGGUCAACAUCGUGCACCGAAUGAAACACUCUGGAAGACCGCUGCAUACUAGUCAGCAUUGCAGUCUCACUUGGGACCUCAAUCCCGGCCGAGACGGUGAAUUAGAACUGCAGUCCGAGUUUCACCACUCACUGUUGGCCGACUGUGACUGGUAAAUUGCCAACUGCGAUUAAAAAUAUUCCGGCCAAACCUCAGGGAGGGCUUUGUGUCCAUGACAGCUCCUGUGAGCCGUUCAAGCGUGUCUUCACAGGGGGUUUCUAUUUCGUUUUUACUAUCUGAUAGGCUCUUCGCGGGUGAGAAUAACUUAAUUAUUCUUUGUAGAUGUCAGAAAAAUAGUUCGACUCCUUUAGGAUCAGCUUGAUUUAAUUUAUGAAAUCUAAGGACCAGCUGAAAGAAAUACCGCCGAUCUGUUGAACAAAGUACUUUAUACUUUGAUUUCAGAUGUUAACGAACGUACAUGUGAGCUUUGUGGCAGAGCCUUUGCGGAGAAGAGAACCCUGUUGAGGCAUAUCGACUGUAUUUAUGAAGGUAUGCUUCCAUUCUGUCACUCGUUUACCGCUCCUGUUCCUCAAACAAUUCAUUUUUAUGUCCUUCUGGGCCGCCUUGCAACGCCUCUAUGUGCCGCGACUUUGUGGCUAUCAUGUUUGCACGGCAACUUUGUCUUCAGAACGCGUUAGUAUUUACGAUUAACUCCGUACGGGCACAGAUGAGCCAUCACCGGCUGUAUCGGUCGUUGAAACGUGGUGACAGCGGCGGCGGCGUUACAAAGCCUGAAUGGCCUUGAGGCGAAGGUGAACGUAGUUUUGGGUGAUCAUUUGACUCGAUCCAAGUAUGGAGGUUGUUGCAUCUGUGUCGAUGAAAGCUUUGACGGGGCGGGCGUCGAUCUGCAUCAUUUGAAAAAAAAGCUUUCGACGCUCAGACGGAAUUUUCGAAUCGAACAGGACUAAAAUGAGUACCCACCCUUCUCAGUGUUGGCCGGGCUCAUCCUCAUAGAGGAAGAACCGUAAAGGUGGCCGUUCGGGUCUGCCCCAGGACGUGCGGUCUGCCAACGACUGUUAGGUUGUUAUCGGUAACCAAACAUGUACGUUCACGGUUUAGCACGGAAUUGGUUUUGCUUGCUGGAGGCGUGCUGGAUAGCACCGUCUGGCUCACCAGGCGGCUGGAUCCACAAUGAGUACGCUAUUUUUGUGUGAACCGAGUUCCUGGCAUGUUCCGGAACGCAGGUAAAACAAAAAAACAGCCGGUUUGGAAGGCAAACGCUUUAUUUACCGCCUGCGAACACGAGGGGUUUCUUCUCGUCAGGAAGACGCCUUAUUUAUCUUGACCCCUGUAAGUGCUAGAACGUCCGGACAUUGGUGUGCCAGUCGUUGAGAGCCUUCUAGAACAUUCAUGCCUAUGGCGUGCCGGUCGCGGAUUGGUUAUCGCGUGAAGUCACAAAUAAUCGACCAGUCAUUGAUUGGGCCGCACGCGCGAGUAGAAUGGCUGAGCUUUGGCCACUCAGGUAGUUCUCCAUGCGAGAGGCCCACCGAUCGAAAUUCCGCGAGCGGCUGAGCUUGGCUGGAGGUGGUUCGCUGGCGGCUGAGAAAGCAACUUUCUGCAACUCCUUUAGGAGUUUGCUGACGAGAUUGUCCGACAUGUCGACCAGGGUCGCCGCUGCCACAAAUGUUUCCAACCCGACGCAGUACGAAAUCCAUGAGGCCCGACAGGGGAAGACGGUAACUGGUAUUUACUAUACUGAAACACCUAUGUACAUAGAAAAACUAAAAGGGGACUUAAUUACAAAAAUAAACUAAGGCAAGGGGAGGUUGGCGGAGAGCACAGGGGUUGAGCGAAGACGGCGACGAAGGUCCCACGUCCGAAGGGCGGCAGCCUGCCAAGGGGUCCCGUAUUUAUAGCUUCUUCAGGCGCCAAGGUUGAAUCCGCACUUGUUGAUUGGUUGGAGGUAGGUUUAAGAGGGCGAGUUAAACAAACUUAGGCUAGAUCUAUUCUCCUUAGUUUAUGGUUAUAUUAAUUUAUUAUAUGCAUACUUUUUAUAAGAAGCUAAAUUACGACUAAGUACCUGUCGUAUAAAUACGGAAAAGUUUGGUGCGCACGCUCCUAUGGGGACGCGCCCUCUAGAACUUUCUGCAAGAUGACGGCACAUGGGCUAGCUUUCUAGAACUGUCUACACCGACAACGCGCCAGGGGAUCUAGCAUGAUUAAUCCGAAAUCGGAAAAACUACUUCUACAUCCCUACAGUUGUUUACACCAGUGGUCUCUUGUAUCCGCCUGUGUAGCCAACCAGCGAAGGGGCUGUGUUGAUUGGCCCCAAGCCCACGCGAGGGUAUUGAUACGCCUCACAUGUUGCAGGCAGAGAGUCGACCAGUUGCGUGGUGCGGACAGAAUUGCAGCUUGACAAAAUCGAAAGCAGCUAGGCGUACGUGCAGGCAUUAUCGAGAGGCGCGGUGUUGCCUGUUGUAACGACGCUACAAACCCUUUGUCCUGAAUCAAAAGCCACGGCCUUCACACAACGUCUUUUAGGCCAGCUGCCAUUCUUGGACUUGCAUGUGCACGCUCCACUAAAACAAAGUUACUGUGUAAACAUGACAGCCCACGGAGGAAGAGAAGGAGAAAGAGGAAGGCCAAGGUGUGACAUAUCAGUGACUUUGUGGUAA